CAAAAGACAAAACCGGCAGCCCAUACAAGCUCGUACAGCUGCCAGGCAGCGUGUCGACCGCACGCACGCCUUCGACGCGCGCCGGAGCCCCUGCGACGCGCCCGUCCACUCGUACGUACGAGAGUGGCCAGCACCACAUAGAGCUACCAUAACAAAAGGGCAGCGCACCAAUGGCCGAAUUCGCCGAGAAGACGCACACCGAUGUGUCUUUGUGGGACGCGCUGGAGUUAAGAGAACCGAUGGAGGGCUUAUCGAAAGGCGCGCACGGCUACGUCGUGGGCUGGACGGGCAGCGCCUACGAAUUAAAAAUAAACAAUAGAACGUACGAAGUGCUGCCGCACCAGGCGAAGCACCGUGAGCGUCCGGCAUUAGAUGGUGCGGAUGAGGAAAUAAAGAAGGACUUCGGGACGUGUCCUCUAUGCGACAAUGAAAAGACGAUGACGGUCGCGGACCCGUACUACGCGUGCUGCGGCGGCCAGAUCUGCGAGAGGUGUGCCGAUUUACUCGAUCUGCACCGGUUAUCCAAGCGGAAGUGCCCGUUGUGCGGCAAGGGCGUCGAGGGGCCCUCUCGCGACUCGUCGACCGAGGCCCACGCGGUGGUAUGUAGAAGACGCGCAAAAAAAGGAGACGCGCGGGCGCACUUCGCGCUCGCGGCCAUGGAGGCCGUGCUGUCGGAGGAGGAGCAGGCGCGCCAUUUGUUGUUAUUGGUGGACGAGGGGUUUGCGGAGGUUUGCGGCGGCGUCCUCCAAUCGACGCGUCGCGGCGAUGGCGUCUACGCCGGCAGCACGCCAUCGACGCGACCGCCCGCGCAGGCCCAGUACAUCUACGGCAGUGCCUGCAUCGACCACGGGUUUGUGAGCGAUGGGUUAAGAUGGUGGAUUCUGGCCGAGCAGCGGGGCCACGCCCAGGCGUCACUACGGCUGAGCGAGCAGCACUUCGAGAACGCCCCACCGGAAGUCCUGGGCGAGCCGUCGUCCUUCGCGCGGGGUUUGGAUUAUCUGCACGACGCGUGCGUGCGUGGUAGUUCGGAGGCGGCCUUUUCCCUCGGCGUGCUGUACUACGGAGGCCGGGCGCCGCAUCUCGAUGCGGACCCGGAGGUGGGCACGGCGUUUUAUCGAAGUGCCGCGGAGUUAGAUCAUGCGAGAGGGUGUUUGGCUUUGGCGGACGCCAUUUCCCAAGCCGACGGCGACGCGGCGGAAGCGGAGAAGUGGCUGCACCGCGCGGCGUGGCUCGGCGACGAGGACGCGGUCCGCGUCUGCAAGGAGGCGGGCUACGCGCCGGAGCCGCCCCAUCCCUCCAUUUGUGCCGAGCGGGAAAGCUUGAGGCAGCGCCUCUCGACGCUCGCCGUCGCGGCGGGGCGGGCGCCCGUCGUGUCGCCGAAGAAGGGGCUGAAGAAGAACUUCGUCUAGGCGUCGCCUCGACGGCGUAAAUUGUGUCUUAUUUUU